GGGCAGCGGCGGGGCCGCCCGGCGGGCGGGGCGGGCGGGAAGGCCCGGCAGGAAGGGAAGCAAGGCUGACGUGUCGCACCGGCGCUGCCGGGCUGCGCAUGCCACCGCGCGGCUGCGGCUAUGGAGGAGGCGGAGGAGACGGGAGGAGCGGGCCCGUCCGUGCUGUUCCUGCACCCGGACCUGGGCCUGGGCGGCGCGGAGCGGCUGGUGGUGGACGCGGCGCUGGCGCUGCGGGCGCGGGGCUGCCGGGUGCAGAUCUGGACGGCGCACUACGACCCCGGGCGCUGCUUCGCGGAGACGCGCGGGCUGGCGGUGCGGCGGGCGGGCGGCUGGCUGCCGCGCAGCCUGUGCGGCCGCGGGCACGCCCUGUGCGCCGCCCUGCGCAUGGCCUUCGUGGCGCUCUACGUGCUGCUGCUCAGCGGAGAGACCUUCGACGCCUUCGUGUGCGACCAGGUGUCUGCCUGCAUUCCUAUACUCAGACUGGCCAGAACCCGUAAGAAGGUUUUGUUUUACUGUCACUUUCCUGAUCAACUCCUGACCAAGAGAGAAUCUUUCCUGAAGCGCCUCUACAGACUGCCGCUCGACUGGCUGGAGGAGUACACGACUGGCAUGGCAGACUGCAUCGUUGUGAACAGCAAGUUCACUGCCAGCGUGUUCAAAGACACAUUUAAGUCCCUGUCACACAUAAACCCAGACGUCCUGUACCCAUCGCUCAACAUCAGUAGCUUUGAAGAAAUUGUUCCUGCAGACAUAGCUGAUCUGAUACCGAAAAAGAAAAAGUUCUUGUUUCUUUCCAUUAAUAGGUAUGAGAGGAAAAAGAAUCUGGCAUUGGCUCUUGAAGCUUUGCACGAACUUCGAGGGAGACUUGAUUCUCACGAGUGGGAUGAAGUUCACCUGGUUAUGGCAGGUGGUUAUGAUAAGCGAGUUCUGGAAAACGUGGAGCACUAUGAAGAGCUGAGGAGACUCGCAGCCAAACUUGAUGUAAAUGACCAUGUAACUUUCCUGAGAUCAUUCUCAGAUGAACAGAAAAUCUCUCUUUUUAGUAAUUCUGUAUGUGUGCUUUACACGCCAAGCAAUGAACAUUUUGGCAUUGUCCCUUUGGAGGCAAUGUAUAUGAGAUGUCCAGUUAUAGCAGUUAAUUCAGGUGGUCCUUUAGAAUCAAUCUCACAUAAUGUUACAGGAUUUUUGUGUGAUCCUCUACCAACCCAAUUCGCUGGUGCCAUGGAAAAAAUUGUGAGAGAUCCUCUCUUAAAGGACACAAUGGGAGCAGCUGGGAGAGUGAGAGUUAUGGAAAAAUUUUCUUCAGAAGCUUUCUCAGAACAACUGUACCAAUACAUACGCAGAUUAACAGAAUAAAAUUAUAUUCCUAUGUUAUAUUUUACAA